AUGUUCCAACGGCUUUUCGCAAACGGCGCAUUCGCUACCCACGAAGGUCCUCUCCCUCCGUGGCCGCGUCCGCUCGACAUCCAUCACACCCGCCAUCGACCUGUCCGAUCGCGAGUUGAAGGACGUCUGAGAGUGAUUUUGACAGUGGGCGGGGAGAAAGAGAGGUAUAUCCAUAGACAAAGCGACAACAAGCAGAAAAAGAAAAGCAUGGACAACGAGACAACGAUGCAAAUAAGCGGAGGAAAUAGAAAAGAAAAAGAUCCUGAACAAGAAAAGCCGAUGGCUGGCGUUGGCGCAGAGACUGGCCGGGGUAACUUAGUGCAUGGAGAUAGCGCGGGCGUAGCUUACCAUAGUGGAACGCGGGCGAGGUAUCUCCCUGUCAGAGUACGGACCGUAGUCGUUGAACUAGUAGCAAACCUUGGAGUAGUUGCAGGAGUUCAAAUCAGUGGCGAGGCCUGGGACCGCAAAUGA